GUAAUGGAAAAAAAAAAAUCUCAAAUCUGAUCAGGAUGAUUUGUUGUUGAGGAUUUUAAGUAUUGAGUAGAGAUACUCAGUCACUUUACAGAGGUACAAUAAAACAGACAAAGCAGCGAAAGCAGACAACUAUUAUAAAAACUCAUAAGAACAUUUUUAAAAAAUGUGCAAGUGAUCAUCAAACAUUAAAAACAAUUUUGGAGAGCUGAGUUUUGAGGGUUUUUUUUUUUAAGGUGGGGUGGUCAACUCCGGAUUUUUGGAUCUUUUUGAAAGUUCAGUCCUUGAGGCUUUAACUGAGUGACAUGAAAUUUGUUCAGCAUGUCUAUUAUGAGGAGCACCACAAAAAAAUCUCAGGAAGCAAUGCCUGUAAAGACACGGGACAUCAGCCAUUUUGGUUCCGAGGGUCCUUUCAAAACCGGAUUUCCCAAAACUGCAGCAGUCCUAAUACCGUACAUUCCUUUGUUUUAGCAGCCCUCUGCCCUUCUUUGAAGCGUACGGGCGGUGGUACGGGUGCUGCUGCGCCUCCUCUACCGCCACCCCUCUGGCACGCUCGCCACCACCCAGGACAGAUCCGGGGGGCGGCCCCUCACCUGCCGCUCUUCCACGGGCGACACGCAGAAGAGAGCGCCGAGCGACCCCGUCUGGUCACGGUCGUGCAUCCUAGUCCAAGCGCACCGCGGAAGGUGACGGUGCUUUUAAACCGCAGGGGCGUGGUCUCCUUUGAGCAGCUCCUACUGGACGUCUCGGAAGCGCUCGGGUUUCCUCGUUGGCACCGAUCCCGAGUGACUCGCCUCUACACGGCUUUUGCCCGAGAGGUGAAGAGCGUUGGCGAAUUCUUCCACAGCGACACAGCCCUCUUGGCGCUCGGCAAAGGCCGCCCGGAGCUGAACGCCCUGCACGAGGCGCUGGAGGAACUGUUCCCGGAGCAGUCCCGCUACCGGGCCGAAGCACUCCUGGUCUGGGAGAAGAAGCUCCGACCGGGGCCAGAUAAAGCCGCUAAGGCAGACAGCGGCUACAGUGAGGGGAUGGAGCACAAGGUUGCCACGGAAGAUAGACCGCCACCCGAGACGGAGAAGUUGAGUAAAGGCGCGUCCAGGAAAGCAGCUCAUCAUCCAAACCACCUGCAGAAGCUCCGCGUAAGGGGCAGGGUCUACGAGGAGAUGCCACCUGCCAUUGGUCAAUUUCAACAAGAGCAAGAGAUGGACUUUGCUCCUCUGUGUGAAAACUGCUUGGCGAGAAGAGCCAAGCGUCCAAGUCCGGAGUGGAACAAUCCGUUUUCAAGAAGGGCCCCAUUGCCUCCCGUGCGCAGGAAACAAAUGGGAAGUUCACCCCAAGGUUGGAAGAGUUUUGUAUUAUAUGUAUUAUGCUUUUAACUUUAUA